GCUCUAACAAUUCGGCCUUGAAUACAGACAAAUUUCACCAUCAGCAUCUUCGUCUCUUCGGAUUCCACCUACAAAUAACCAUUCAUCACUCCUCCUUCCAUUCUAUAUCAAUUCUCUACUCCUAUUUGUGAAUACUAAUUCAAUCCGCAGCAGCAGAAGAAGAAGUUGGUGUGGUGCAUGGCUGCUUCUUCCGCUUCUCUUUGCCUUCCGGCAAAUGGGAACCGCUCCGGUUUCCGUAUCGGAUCAUCUGCUAAACAGCUCAAUAGAGUCCGCAGGGUCACAAUCCGCUCUGAUUUGGACUCCAAUGUCUCCGACAUGAGAACUAAUGCUCCAAAAGGUUUAUUUCCACCAGAACCUGAGCAUUACCGCGGCCCGAAGCUAAAAGUGGCGAUUAUCGGAGCUGGGCUUGCUGGCAUGUCGACUGCAGUGGAGCUUUUGGACCAAGGCCAUGAGGUGGAUAUAUAUGACUCGAGGUCUUUCAUUGGUGGAAAAGUUGGUUCUUAUGUUGACAAAAAGGGUAAUCAUAUUGAAAUGGGACUGCACGUUUUCUUUGGAUGCUACAACAAUCUGUUUCGUUUAUUGAAAAAGGUUGGAGGUGAGAAAAAUCUGCUUGUGAAGGAUCAUACUCACACUUUUGUCAACAAAGGCGGUGAAAUUGGCGAACUUGAUUUCCGCUUACCAAUUGGAGCGCCACUUCAUGGAAUUAGCGCAUUCUUGACGACCAAUCAGCUCGAGCCUUAUGAUAAAGCAAGAAACGCACUGGCACUUGCCCUUAGUCCAGUUGUAAGGGCUCUUGUUGAUCCAGAUGGAGCUAUGCGGGACAUACGGGAUCUGGAUAAUAUUAGCUUCUCGGACUGGUUCAUGUCUAAAGGGGGUACUCGCAAGAGCAUCCAGAAGAUGUGGGAUCCUGUUGCUUAUGCCCUGGGAUUCAUCGACUGUGAUAAUAUUAGUGCACGCUGUAUGCUCACUAUAUUUUCACUUUUUGCUACUAAAACCGAGGCCUCCCUACUUCGCAUGCUUAAAGGUUCUCCAGAUGUUUAUUUGAGUGGUCCUAUCAAAGACUAUAUCUUGGCAAAGGGUGGCAGGUUCCAUAUGAGGUGGGGAUGCAGAGAAAUCCUAUACGAUAAAGCUGCUGAUGGAAGUGUAUAUGUAAAGGGGCUAGCCAUGUCCAAGGCUACUCAAAAGCAAAUCAUAAAAGCUGAUGUUUAUGUAGCAGCUUGUGAUGUCCCCGGAAUUAAAAGAUUACUUCCCCAAAGUUGGAGGGACUCGAAAUUCUUUGACAAUAUUUAUAAAUUGGUGGGAGUACCCGUUGUUACAGUGCAACUGCGAUAUAAUGGUUGGGUUACAGAGCUAAGGGACUUAGAACGUGCAAGGCAAUUGAGGCAAGCUGCAGGCCUGGACAACCUACUUUACACUCCGGAUGCAGAUUUCUCAUGUUUUGCAGACCUUGCCCUCUCAUCACCAGAGAAUUAUUACCUCGAGGGCCAAGGCUCCUUGCUUCAAUGUGUACUUACUCCUGGGGACCCUUACAUGCGUCUACCGAAUGAGGAAAUCAUACGGAGAGUAUCAAAGCAGGUUUUGGAGCUCUUCCCUUCUUCACAAGGUCUGGAGGUUACCUGGUCGUCUGUUGUAAAAAUUGCACAGUCGUUGUAUCGAGAAGGGCCAGGUAAGGAUCCAUUUCGACCAGACCAGAAGACACCAAUCAAGAACUUCUUCCUGGCUGGCUCCUACACUAAACAGGAUUACAUCGAUAGCAUGGAAGGAGCGACCCUGUCGGGUAGACAAGCGUCGGCCUACAUAUGCGACGCAGGAGAAGAGCUGGUGGCGCUACGGAAUGCUCUUGCAGUCACAUCGGAGGAGCUAACACUUGUCUGAACUCCCCCAUAAAUACCAUUUUGCUAAUAGACCAGAGUUGAAUGAUUUUUAUUUAUUUUUAUGGCAUUGGGUUGAAGAAUCCAAGGUUCCUACCUCAAUAUAUACUUCUUCUUUAUUA